UCUGCCUGGGCUUGGCCGGCCGCGCUUCAGCACCCGCCGAGCCGGACAGCGCCUGCUGCAUGGAGCUGCCCGCCGCGGCCACGGACGCAGUCGGGAGUCCCGCCGCCGCCGCCCUGGUCUCCUUCCCCGGGGGCCCCGGGGAGCUGGAACUGGCGUUAGAGGAGGAGCUGGCGCUGCUGGCGGCCGGGGAACGGCCGUCCGACCCCGGAGAGCAUCCUCCGGCUGAGCCCGGGCCUUUGGCCGAGGGGGCCGGCCUGCAGCCGCUGCCCGCCCAGGACCCCGAGCUGCUGUCGGUGAUCCGGCAGAAAGAGAAGGAUCUGGUGUUGGCGGCCCGGCUGGGCAAGGCACUACUGGAGAAGAACCAGGACAUGAGCCGGCAGUACGAACAAAUGCACAAGGAGCUGACCGACAAACUGGAGCACUUAGAACAAGAGAAACACGAGCUAAGAAGACGGUUUGAGAACCGAGAAGGAGAGUGGGAAGGGCGUGUGUCAGAGCUGGAGAGUGAUGUGAAACAGCUUCAGGAUGAGUUGGAGAGGCAGCAAGUUCAUCUACGGGAGGCAGAUCGAGAAAAGACACGGGCUGUCCAGGAGUUAUCCGAACAGAACCAAAGGUUAUUGGAUCAACUCAGCAGGGCAUCAGAAGUCGAGAGACAGCUCUCCAUGCAAGUCCAUGCCCUCAGAGAAGACUUUCGAGAGAAAAACUCCUCGACCAACCAGCACAUCAUCCGCCUGGAAAGCCUGCAGGCUGAGAUCAAGAUGCUGUCGGAUCGGAAGCGGGAGCUAGAGCAUCGUCUCAGCGCCACCUUAGAGGAGAAUGACCUGCUCCAGGGGACCGUGGAGGAGCUACAGGACCGAGUGCUGAUUCUGGAGCGGCAGGGCCAUGACAAAGACAUACAGCUUCAUCAAAGCCAGCUGGAGCUCCAGGAGGUGCGGCUCUCAUACCGGCAACUGCAGGUGAAGGUGGAAGAACUCACUGAGGAGAGGAGUCUGCAGAGCUCUGCCGCCACCAGCACGUCCCUCCUGUCUGAGAUUGAGCAGAGCAUGGAGGCCGAGGAGCUGGAGCAGGAGAGAGAGCAGCUGAGACUGCAGCUCUGGGAAGCCUACUGCCAGGUUCGCUAUCUCUGCUCACACCUUCGAGGAAACGACAGCGCUGACUCGGCCGUCUCCACGGACUCCUCAAUGGACGAGUCUUCGGAAACCUCAUCUGCCAAGGAUGUGCCUGCCGGCAGCUUGCGCACGGCCCUCAGUGAGCUCAAGAGGCUAAUCCAGAGCAUCGUGGAUGGCGUGGAGCCCACGGUCACACUGCUGAGUGUGGAGAUGACUGCACUGAAGGAGGAGAGAGACCGACUCAGAGUGACAUCUGAGGACAAGGAACCAAAGGAGCAGCUUCAGAAAGCCAUCAGGGACCGGGAUGAGGCCAUUGCAAAGAAGAACGCUGUGGAGCUGGAACUCACCAAGUGCAAGAUGGACAUGAUGUCUCUGAACAGCCAGCUGCUGGACGCCAUUCAACAGAAACUGAACCUCUCACAGCAGCUUGAGGCUUGGCAGGAUGACAUGCACAGGGUCAUUGACCGGCAGCUGAUGGACACGCACCUGAAGGAACGGAGCCGGCCUGCUGCUGCCCUUUCCAGGGCCCAUGGUGUGGGGCGCGGGGCCGAGCCCAGCACCACUGAAGGCAAACGGCUCUUCUCAUUCUUCAGGAAAAUUUAA